AUGGCGAAGUCCCUGCCCACAGGGAUUUUCCAGGGCGGGAAGGACCAAGCCCUGCCUGAUGCCCAGGCUGAAAAGGGGAGUAAUCAGGGUAGUGAUGAAGUCCAGGUGUGCCUAAAUGAUGGGUUUCCAGGACCGGUGGUUUGUGAACCGGCGACGUGGAGCGGGAGUAGACGUGACAAUGUUACAUGUGAACACUUAAAUGUAGCGUUGAAAGGAGUAGCCAGCCAGUCAUCACCGAAUGGGUAUGGCAAUGCUCACAAUGCCGUUGAUGGGAACAGAGAAUCAAACUAUCACAAAAGAUCCUGCACCCACACUGAACAGGAGACCAACCCCUGGUGGAGAGUGGACCUGCUGGAUCUGUACAGAGUGACAGCUGUCAGCAUCACCAACAGAGGAGAUGUUGUUCCUGAGAGACUUGAUGGUGCUGAGAUCCGCAUCGGUAACUCACAGGAGAACAACGGCAUCAACAACCCCAGCAGGAGAGACCAACAGCUUCCAGUGUAAUGAGAUGGAGGGUCG